AUGUCAUUCAAGGUUAGUAGCAGAAAUGGAUUUGCACUUGAGAGCAAUGGAUCAGCUGAUGAACAUGAUGAUUCUUCAAACUCAAGAAGGAAGAGGGAGAGAAAACAGUAUCAUCACCACUCUGCUGAACAAGUCCAACGACUUGAAGCGUUUUUCAAAGAAUGUCCUCAUCCUGAUGAAAACCAGCGGAGACAAUUAAGUAGAGAAAUAGGGCUUGAACCCAGACAAAUCAAGUUCUGGUUUCAAAAUAAAAGAACCCAAACAAAGAGUCACAAUGAACGAUCUGACAACAAUGCCCUUAGAGUUGAAAAUGACAGAUUCUAUUAUGAGACUCUUGCUAUGAGAGAAGCAUUAAGGAAUCUUCUUGAAAGGGCAUCCCGUGCAGUAUCCACUUUUUCUAGAAGAUCUGGAGUACUCGAAUCUUAUCUGUCCCGUGAAAAUAUUCCCAGGACUUCAAUGAACACAUUGUUACCUCAAAGGUUUUCUGAAAUACAAGGGAUGGAAAAAUCUGUCAUGGUUGAAACUACUGUUAAUGCCAUGGAUGAAUUAUUAGAGCUUUUCCGAGGAAAUGAGCCCUUAUGGGUUAAAUCUCCAACUAAUGAGAGAUAUCUUAUUCAUCGCGAAACUCAUGACAAGCUAUAUCCCAAAAUAUCCCAUAUCAAUAGCUCUAGUUCUUGGAUAGAAUCAUCAAGAGAUUCAGGACUUGUGCCAAUUACUACCAGGCACUUGAUUGAUAUAUUUCAAGAUCCGACAUGGAUGUUUCCUUCCGGUUGCCUUAUUCAAGACAUGCCCAAUGGAAAAGCAAAUGUGGCAUGGGUUGAACAUGUUCAAGUGGAUGAUAUAUCUCUAACUCAUCCUCUUUAUAAAGAUAUGGUUUGUGAUUCUCAAGCAGGUGGAGCCAAGAGAUGGAUUGUUACUUUGCAAAGGAUGUGCGAGAGAUUUGCAUUUUCAAUGGGACCAAGAUAUACUCCUGGACAUGAACUUGAAGGAGUUAUUGAUGCACCUGAAGGUAGGAAAAGCCUAACAAAACUUUCUCACAAGAUGGUCAAAAACUUCUGCCACAUGUUAAGCAUGUUAGAGAAAUUAGAUCUCCCUCAGCUAUCAGAAUUGAACAGCAACGGGUUUCGAGUCUCGGUUCAUAGAAGUGACAUUUCUGGCCAACCCAAUAACAUGAUUGUUUGUGUUGCUGCGUCCCUGCGGCUUCCAACUUCCUUUGAGAAUCUAUUUGAUUUCUUCAAAGAUGUGCAUGCAAGAGUUCAGUGGGAUGUUCUGUCUGAUGGAAAUCCUGUUCAUGAAAUUGCACAUAUCUCCACUGGCACUCACCCUGGAAACACCAUCUCCCUCAUGCAGCCCAUUAAUCGUAAGGAAAACAUGUUGAUACUUCAAGAAAGCAGCACCGACUUGUUAGGGGCUAAUCUAAUUGAUGCUCCAGUGCCAGUUUCAGCCAUUACUUCUGCAAUGAGUGGUAAAGACACCACAGAUACAAAUGUUUUACCAUCGGGCUUUAUCAUCUCAAGUGAUGGAGUUGAUGAUAGUGGAACUAGAGCUGGAGCUUCUUCUAGUUCUAACAUGACUGGAUCGAAUAGUUCACUGCUCACUGUGGCCUUCCAAAUAAUGGUGCGCCCUGACACAUUUUCUGACCGACUAAUCACAGAUUCGGUGGCCACAAUUCAUGCUCUUAUAACCUCCACUGUACAAAAGAUUAGAGUAGCAGUUGGAUCUAGGUUUGGGUGA